CUUUCACUUAACCAACGUGGUAGACAGAUGUUUAACUCGUGGACAUCGAGGAUAGGUAAAGUCAGGGACGGACUUACUAACGUUGAUUCUGCAUCUUAUGGUUUAACUAUCCUGCUUGUCUGGAAACAUAUCAUCAGGGCUCAACCUCAAAAUUCAACAUUGUUGGUGUACAGACAGCACAUACUGUAUAGUCGACUCAAUGCCAGCGUCAAAGUCUCUAUCUGCCAUCGCGAAGGCCGGCUUUGCCAAUGCAUCUUCCUACGAUAAACAUCGCCCCUCAUACCCCGCAGAGGCGGUCGAUAAGCUGCUCGCGGCCCUUCAUCUGGCGGGCAAUGCAGGUGCAAAGGUGGUAGAUCUCGCGGCUGGAACGGGGAAGUUCACCGAGGUUCUUGCGGCGCGACCGGAGGCAUUCGAUAUCCUGGCUGUCGAGCCACACGACGAGAUGCGCGCAGAGCUGGAGAGGAAGUCUCUUCCUGGAGUAAGGGUGGUAAAUGGAACGGCGACUUCUAUUCCAGUUCCGUCUAAGAACGUUGACGGGCUCAUCGCGGCUCAGGCGUGGCAUUGGUUCUCCAACCGGGACUCUCUAGAGGAAAUUCACCGCGUCUUGAAGCCUGGCGGAUAUUUCGGCGUUAUCUGGAAUAUUGAAGAUUAUAACUCGCCCAGAGAAUGGACACCCCGAACAGAGGGCGAAGCUAAGAUGAAAGACAUCAUCUGGAGACACGAUGACAACCAGCCUCGAUUCAGACAUAGUGCGUGGAGAAAGGUCCUGGAAGAUAAGGAGCAAAAGCCUAUUCUCUUUUCUCAGCCUUUGCAAGAGAUCUCUGUACCUUUCACAAAAUUCUUGUCGCCCAGUGCGGUUUGGGAUCGAUUCCACACGCUCAGUCAGAUCGCAAUUCUGCAGGGAAAGGAACUAGAAGACACCAAAGCAGAGGUCGCUGAGAUAUUGAAGAGUGAUGGUGUGGAAAAGAACGAGAAUGGCGAAGUCGCUCUACACGGUCAUACCUACUUUGCUUGGACUCGUGCUUUGCCUACGGAGUCAGAAUAAGGAUACAGUCAACUGAC